AUGAACGAGAAUGGACAGAGGCUUCUUGAGUUAUGCUGUUACCACGACCUAUGCAUAACUAACACGUUCUUUGCCACCAAGCCACUAAACUGUGUUCUCACCACACGCAGCUAUCACAGUGCUGACUGCGACACUGACCACUCCAUGCAGAAAGGUCGCCCCCGCAUUAACACUAGCAAGACGGCAAUCCCAGACCUGUGCGAGCGCUUCGCCAAUUCCAUUGAGGAUGCCCUCAAAAACUGCCCUGGUGGCAACACUGAAGAGAGGUGGAGUCACAUCCGUGAUUUCAUCUACAACUCUGCAAUGGACACCUUCGGCAAGAGAGAGAGGCAGAAUCCGGAUUGGUUUGAAGCCGGCAUUGCUGAACUAGAGCCAGCAAUUGAGGCCAAAAGAGCUGCCCUCAUCAACUACAAGAGGGAGCCUUCUGUGAAGUCACUCGCUGCACUCAAAGCCAAGAACGACGCCCAACGGAUCGUUCGGCGCUGCGCAAAUGACCACUGGCUCAACCUUUGUGAGAGUAUCCAGCUCUCUGCUGACUGCGGCAAUAUUCGUGGCCCAAGCGUAAACAAGAUCGCGCCCCUGAAAUCAACUGCCGGCGACAUCAUAACAGACCGCAGCAAGCAGAUGGAGAGAUGGGCUGAACACUACCAGGAGCUCUACUCAAGAGAGAACGUGGUCACAGCCGCAGCUGCCGAGAACACCGCCAGCUUGCCUGUCAUGGAGGAGCUGGACGCUCCACCCUCCGCAGAUAAACUGAGCAAGGCCAUCGACUCCCUAGCCUGCGGCAAAGCUCCAGGAAAAGAUGGCAUCCCACCCGAAGUCAUCAAGGUGGGAAAGAAGACUGCUCUCCUUCACCAUCUGCACCAGCUGCUGCAGCAGUGCUGGGAAGAAGGAACUGUGCCCCAAGAGAUGCGCGACACCAACAUCAUCACUAUACAAGAACAAGGGCGACUGCACAGGAACGUACAGUACGAUGGUUCCUCCUCGGACCCAUUUUCAAUCAAGAACGGGGUGAAACAAGGGUGCGUACUCGUUCCGACACUCUUCGGAAUCUUCUUCUCUUUGCUGCUGUCCUACACCUUCAGCCAGUCAGAGGACGGAGUGUACAUUCACACCAGAAGCGACGGCAGCCUCUUCAAACUUGCCCCGCCUCCGAGCUAA